UCUCUCUUUACGCAUACAUCAUCAAGGGUCUCCUUGGUCAAAAUAGUCAUCUUUUCUUGGUCCUCGUAGCUAUCGGCGGACACUCGAUCAAAUGCUCCUCCACUAAAUUUGUCUCUGUCAACCAUCGAAGGGCUCGACAUGUGGCAACUACAUGGGUCCCUUCAUAGAAUUCGCCGGCGGCUAUCUCACGAAUCCCGAAGCUACAGAGCGCUACCAGUUCUGUCUUGCCAAGACCGCUGACCAGUUCAUGUACUCGAGGCUCAACCUUGAAUACAGUCAUCACUGGCGCAACCUGGGCAUCGUCUUUGGACACUUUACGUUCAACAUUGUUGCUGUUUUCUGGUUCAGAUAUUUCACGCGCAUCCGCACCGUCAGCGUAUUUGCUUCUCUCAGACAAAACCUAAUUCGUCGCAAGUAGAUUGCAAUUCGUGCGUACCAUAUAUGUACUCUCGGAUGUACUCACAUGACUUGAUACACGCGCCUAAGCCUG